AUGAACAUAAACAGAAAACGUGGAGAACCAGAAGCGAUCAUUUCCAGCUCGAGGGAUGGCAGCGAGGAGGAUAAUGAUCUCGAUCCACUGUCGAGCUCGGACUACGAGGCGCUGCCUAAACAGCACCAGCAACAGCAGCUUAAGACAGACGAGCACGAGCAGUUCAAGAAUGUACAAUCGCAGUCGAAGAAGGCUACAGAUUCACAGACUUACGAUGGAGACGUCGAGUCUUCUGCCACUGCGAAUAUCGACAGUGGAACACCUCCAGCUGCUCCUUUAACGAAGCACGUCGACCAGUUCGCAGACCAAUCGACAUCCAAUUUCACCCCUCAAUCUAUUCAAAGCUACGUCAAGUCUUUUCUUACAAUUGACCCGCCAAGCGAUCGUCCUAUUAGAAUAUAUGCAGAUGGCGUUUACGACUUGUUCCACGUCGGCCACUCUCUCCAACUCCGACAGGCUAAACUGUCUUUCGAGAACGUAGAGCUGAUCGUUGGUGUUUGCUCGGCGCAGACUUGUCAGUCACACAAAUCCAAGCCUGUUAUGAGCGAUUUCGAGAGAGCAGAGUCAGUGAGAAAUAGCAGAUGGGUCGAUGAGGUUAUUGAGGAUGCACCUUGGGUUAUCAACCAGGCCUUCUUGGAUCAUCACAAGAUAGAUUUCGUUGCUCAUGAUGGCGAACCAUAUGUUGCACAGGGACACGAAGAUGUCUACACUUUCGUCAAAGCUCAAGGAAGGUUUAUACCAACCAGACGAACAAAUGGAAUAUCAACUUCUGAUCUUUUGGCGAGAAUUCUUCGUCAGUAUAAAUCAGGCCAAUUCGAUAAAAAGCUCAUUAAAAUUGAUCAACCUGAACUAUGUUCAACUAGCAGAUGA